GAGAAGCCAAAAAAAAUGCUCCAAUCAGUUGCAGUCGCGAAUUAGCGUCGCACAGACGCGGUGUCUCGCACGAAGUGUUCCUUUCUCGCUCCAUCUGCUGUCUCGCCUACUCGCGGAAGUCCGAUAGUUCGUCCCUUUCGGCACAACGGUAAACGCUUCGAAAUGGUGCACCUAAAUGAGAAAACGGAGGAUCAGCUGAUGACCACCAGGAUUUCGGAGCUGCAGGAUUGGCUCAAGUCGCAGCCACAGCUGCCGCAGAAUAUAUCCCGAUUGCUUCUGCGCCGCUUUCUGCACACGACGAGGAGCGACCUAUCCGCCGCCCAGCGCCUCUUGGAACUCAAUUAUGGACUACGCAACAAGCAUGGCCACAUCUUCAUCGAUCGCGAUCCGCUGGAUGCCAGUUCGCAGCAGCUGCUGCAAGUCGCAGAUCUGGUGCCGUUGCCCGGCCUGACCCCGGAGAACAACAAGCUGCUCUUUUACCGCUUGAUCGACUUCGAUGCGGACAAGUUCAACUUCACGGCUGCCAUCAAGGUUUUCUUCAUGGUGGCUGACUGUCGAUUUGCGACGGAGAACGAGGAUCGUUUGUCGGACGGCGAGAUACCUGUUUUCGACAUGGCUGGCUAUACGCUGCGCCACCUGACCAAAACCGCAUUGGGCGCCCUACGCGUCUACAUGAAGUUUGUCCAGGAGGCGCAUCCUGUCCGGCUCAAGGAGAUCCACGUGCUAAACUGCCCCUCGUACGUGGACAAGGUGAUGGCUGUGGUUAAGCCGUUCAUCAAGGGCGAGGUGUUCAAGCUAAUCCACUUCCACUUGCCGGAUGCGGACACCCCAUAUCGCCACUUUCCGCGCUCCAUGUUGCCGGAGGAAUACGGCGGAGAGGCGGGCAAGAUGUCCGACCUAAAGCUCCAAUGGAUGCAGCUGCUCAAGGAACAGAGGGACUAUCUGAUGGAUUCGGAAAACUGGCAAAUAAACAAAAGCAAAAAGAAUGGCCAACGAAAAUCCAGUGAUUCAGGAGUCACAGAAAGUCUACGUUCCCUCGAAAUUGAUUAGUCGCCGUGCGCACAACUGUACUUUAAUUUUUGGACCUUCAGCGAUUUUCACAUGUCUCAAAACUUUGCCGCAUAUAAUGGAAAAUCAAAAUGUAAAAAGCUUGUCACCCUUCAAUGAACUGCAAAUGCUAUCAGAUACGAUAGGAAAAUUCAAUUUGGCUCAAUUGGUGAAUGUGAAAAUCGGAUUGGGCCCGUCUAUCUAUUGUGUUUUUGCUUGGUUCCCAUUUGAUUUCCCAGCUGGGCUUGGAUCUAUGUAAAUAUAUAUAUAUUU